CACAUCCAGUCUAAACUCCUGACUGAGUGUGCCAGUACACAGAUGCCAUUGUUUAGUUGAGGUUUCUUAGUAACCAAAGCAACGCAAACAUUGACUACCAGAAGUUUGGAGCUGCACCCUAUUUUCAGAGAUAUGUUUACAGCACCAGACUCCCAGGGAACGACAGGAGAAAGGAGCCACAAUCAAAUAAAUCAAGACCCAUUCAACACUGAAUUUACCAAGACACUGACAAAAAGCAGCCCACGCUUUGGGGCCUUGAGUCACCACUCAUUCUUCUCCCGGCACAACCCUCAUCCACACCGGGUGACACAUAUUCAAGGACUCAAUGGCAGGCCAAUUUGCAUGGUACGAGAUGACUGGUGUGUCACCUCAUCAUUAUUUCCUCAUCCACUUCUCAAGGGCCACGUCCUCAGGAAAUCACCCGGGCCCGCUUUUACCUUCCCACUCACUCAAAACCUCCAUGCAGUCAGCGGAAACAAUAACAAAUCAGCACUGUUUUCAGAAGCCUGGAGGGAUGAACUUAAAGAACUUGUUGCAAAAGUCAAUCUGUCUUUUCGAGCACAAUUGGGAAAAAAUGAGGACCAACCUGAGGAUGAAUUUGUGCACCAAAAGACUCAGUAUUCAGCUGAUACUGGGAGAAUCAUCCCUCCAUCCAGCAAGUCUUACCUGCACAGAUCUCAUUCCCAACACCUAAAGUAUCCUCAACCCUUCCAGGAUCAAGAACUCACGGUUUUGGAGCUGCUCUGUCAGAUCCUGCAGACAGACUCGCUGUCCACAGUGCAGCAGUGGCUUCUGCUUGCAGGCCAAAGAGAGAAGGACCUUGUGAUGGGGAUGCUCAGACGAGCUCUGGACGGCGUCGACCUCUCAGGCCGUCGUAACCAGCGAACCUUCCAGCAGCUCCAGGCUUUUCAUCCAGGUGCAUCUCCACCAGCGUACAGUCCAUCAUUUGACCAGCCGUGGAGAAAACCCUGGAGAACGAGCUCAUACAAAGCGAAUCCGAUUUCCGGCGAUGACAAACCAGAGAGGAUUGGAGAUGCAGAGGUCCUUGAAAUCCAUGCAGGACCUCAGGAUCAUCCUCAGGAUCCUGCACUUCAGAGUACAUAAAGUCGUUUUGACUGUGCUGAUAACUGCAGUAUGAUAAUUUUGUUUAUUGCUCCCAUGAUCACAGGUUAUUCUUAGCAUGUUUGCUUUAUACCUCGAUAUUUCUGUGUGCACAUGCUGCUUUCAUCAGAGGACUUCACCAGAUUGCUUUUCAUUUGCACUUCAUUAACACCAUAUAUUGUAGCUGUAAUAGUGUUGCCCCAUGCUGCGGAUGAUGUCAUAUUAUCUAUCAGCUGUCUGACGUAGUCUGGCACCAUAUUAGGCAGCGUUGUAUGAACUGUUGCUUGAUGUGAAUUAAAAUUUCAAAUUGGAUUUUUAAAAAUGAUUUUGUGCACCUAAACAUGAUCUAAUCGAACUAAAAAUGCCAAAAUCAAAGUAGAAAUGCAUAUUGCAUUAUAACAUUGUUGACUUUGUUUCCAGACAGAAAGUUAUAAGUUGCAAUGCAUUUAGCAACACAGUGUCACUUAGGAUGCUAAAUGGUGCACCUGGAAUAGCAAACCUACCUUGCUAAAUGCACAUAGAUCUGCAGCAGGACAGAUGAUCUUAUUUCCUUUGAAAAAUAUGAAGUCCAAAAGUAUAAUUAACAUGAUUUUAAGUAGAGACUUCUCUUGAGAAAUGUGAACUUGAAUUCAUGCAUAAAGCAUGGCACACAUUAGCAUAAUUCUGUAUGAUGGAGGAACCUUUUUCCUUUCCUUACUCUGUGUCCCUUCUGUUGUGGAUAAAAUGCUGAAUGUCUUCAGUAAUGCCUGUACAGUACAGGAGCACAGCUGUGAACAGAAGUUUACAUACACUCUGAAAGACAAUGUAGAUCAUGACAGCCUUGAGUUUCCCAUGACUCCUACAACUCUUAAUUUUCUAGAAUGGAAUGACUGAAACACACGCAUCACAAAAAGCAAUCGGGCAUUUUGGGGUUUUCACUGAUAUGGCUAAGUCUGCUGAGUCAAAAAUAUACAUACAGCAAUUCUAAUUUUGGAUUCAGUGUUCCUUUGCCCAUUUUGUUUUUACCUCAGUUUGUUAUACUUGCAAACAACUGAUUGCACAGUUGAUUUUGUAAUCUGAAACAUCUUUGAAAUGGCUCCAAGUGACUUUCCUCACUUGUUGAAGUCGAGAUUUGUUGUUUCAUAUCUGUACUCUGCUCCUUCGACUUUGAGUCUAUCAAAUGGGUUGUAAUUAAGUUGACUCGGGGAAGCAGCUGUAGUCAGUCAUAAUCACUCAUGAAAAUUUAAGAGGCCAUGGCACUUUCAAUUGAUUCCCACAGCUUUCUACAUCACUAGAACUGAUAAUUCAAGUAGCUGUAUGUAUAUUUUUGACCCAGCAGAGUUUGUCAUCGUUCCAGAAGACCUGUAAUAUAUCUUUGAAUGAACCAAAAUGUAUGAUUGUUAUUUGUGACAAAGAUGCAUGUGUUUCAAGGUCUUUACAAGUGUAUGUAAACUUUUGUUCACGAUUAUUUAUGACAUUGCAGAUCAGGUUACAUUCAGCCAGAUAUUAUCAAGAAUAGACCUCUUCAUGUAGCUGACUCAGAUUUCCCAGUCAGCACAUGAAGGACAGAAGGACAGAGGGACAGAAGGACAGAGGGACAGAGGGACAGAAGGACAGAGGGACAGAAGGACAGAGGGACAGAGGGACAGAAGGACAGAGGGACAGAAGGACAGAAGGACAGAGGGACAGAAGGACAGAGGGACAGAGGGACAGAAGGACAGAGGGAUAGAAGGA